AAGAUUUCUGGAUGUCUCCUUUCGUUUGGACCGACAAAAGCAUUGGAAGGAAUUGAGCGCCUCGAUCUGUUUAUUGAGCUGUCAGAAGGUGUUUGCUUGUCGUACUAAUAUGACAUUAGGGAAUGGUGUAUCUCCACUUUGAGGUAGUUGCUAUUGGCACUGUUUUUAAAGGGAUUUAAAUCUAAAUUUGUCUUCGUGCACGGAAGAAGUUUUGCUAAAGGGAGGGUUUCUUGCUGUGUCUGUGACUGAAAUCGACCCAUCAUGGCUUGGGUUUGGCCGGAGGAAGUUGGGUCAAAAAGUCGCCCUAAGUCCGCCACUAAAGCGACAUGGCCCACUCCGGAAGAGAAGGUUAGAUCGCCAAUGAAGUCUGAUAAUGAUGUUCAAAAGAGUGAGCGUCAGGAAUAUGACUUCAUGCACUCGAACAACAUAACGACGCUCACGGCGCCUUUUGGUACGAAUGACACUCCGAAUAUAUCCUACAAAAUUAUUGGCAGUAAACCUGUUCAUGUUAUAGAAAGCUUGAAGCCACAAAGGCCAGAAGAUCCAACAAUUUAUACAGGGCCACGGAUUCAUAAUUUAGACGGAGUUACAAUCAAACCAAACCAGGUUAACCCGAGGAUUUUAAACGAAAAAGCCAAAGGAUAUUACAGUGCACAACAGAAUUACACUGGGCUUCCUAAGUUAGUGACAUUGGACCAAUUCUCGUCCCACGUACAUGGGAAACCUACAUAUUCAAAUCCAGUCACAUACAGAGGUCAGAGGCCAGAUUCUAAAACACUAAAUCCUUUUCCCAACCUACCUCCAAUAGAGGCCAAUCGCGGCAAAAAUCAGAAAUCCACCGUAUUUGAAAAAGAGGCUUGGAUACCAUCGAAUGGUCUGGAACCAAAACUAUCCACAGAUACUGAGUAUAAAGAACAUUUUGAAACAGGAAGACCGAGCAGUGAACGAUAUCAACCAACUUAUCAAAAUAACAAUUUUGACCGUGUGAUUCAGAACAGUCCUAGAAAAUCGUACAGCGAGGUAGGAGGUCCAACGAUGGAGAGAUCAUUUAAAGACUCUAUGUUACAAAUGUUACCACCAGAACCAUUUCUACCCUCUGAUCCCAUGAAAUAUACGAACGAACAACGUCAGAGGCUGCUAGAUAUGGCCGCAGAGGAGAUGAGAGGAGUCACCACUGACAGACUAAAGGGAGCCUACCACCUCUUGUCCAGAAUUGACAGACAGCUGAAUGGACUGUGUCAGUUUGAAAACGUGAAAGACAUUUUGAAGCAGGAAAGGGCUGACCCAACUCAAGAUACAUUGAGACUUAUAGCCGCUAUGUGUGUGGUUCCAAAAGUGCAGAAUAUGGUUAACUAUGAAGACAUUAUAACAUUUUUAAAUGAUGCCGUCCGACUUACACAGAAUGGCCCGUCCGACUCUAGUCGUCAUCAGUAUUACAUGGGCCAGCAAGGAGGGUCCUCAGUCAAAACAAACAUAUCGAUCCCCAGAGAGAAAGAAACAGCAAUGCUUCUUCAAAAAACAGCUCAGCAGUUGGGAACUAGUAAAAUCGACAUAGAAACUUUAAUCAGAACUUUUCAACUUUACGACCACGAGCGCACAGAAAUGCUCUCUGCUCUUGAGAUUAAGAACGUGUUAUUCGACAAUAAAAUUCAACUGACUGAAUCACUAAUCGACGAUAUCUUGGCGAAGAUGACAGAUGCAAACCGGGACGGCAAAUACAAUUGGCGACGGUUUGUGGACUUUCUUGAGCGCGUACAGCCUGCCAGAACAGGACUGGAAAUCACUUAUAACAAACGACCCCUUGAAUACGCAAAACAGUACCCCCAGCCUGUUGAGUCCUGGCCCCGGGCGAGGGAAUCUCCUCGAUAUUCUUCACCUCCUCCUGUUAAUAAUUAUGGACCGAGAUCACCAUUAUCCCCAAGAAAGAACAUGAGUUACUCGAACAGUCCUCGGUUCGGAGGUCCAUCGGGCCCCAGCAAUGAUAUCUGGCGAAAAAUCCAGGAUAUCGAGGAUGAAAUAAAAAAUUUAGAGCAAAAUAAUCAGCCCAAUACAAAUCGCCAAUCUCAGAAGGAUAUCUCUCAUCGCAUUGCUACUGUCCAGGAUGAAAUCAAUGAGUUAGAAUUCAGCAAUAAGUUUUUGCGACAAGGCAUCGAGUCAAAUGCCAGGGGUGAUUCCUGGGAGGCAAAACUCAUCCAGUUGGCAGGACAGCUGUACCGCCUUAACGAGACACGCUAUAGAUCCAGUGGAGUUCUGCCGUUUGAGACAAUUGUGGACCAAACGACGAAGUACAAUGAAAACGCCAGAAUGGGAUUACCAUAUGACGUCAUAUAUCGACUUGCUCAAAGACAUAGCAACGAUCGUAACCAAGUAGAUAUUGAUAGAUACCUGAACGACUUAGGAGAUGAUAGAACAUGGUACAUGAAAUAACCUUCGGAAUUGUAGAUUGUCAGUGCUGCCAAACAACAUAGAAUGUCUCUAUCAUUAUGUCAUUUCUGAUGUCAUCAUUUCAUGUUCACUUUCCAAAAACAGAAAUUUUUUAUAACGAUCACAGUAUUCCAGGAUGUAUAUCAACAAAUUUACAAAGAUUUUUGAGAUUUUGGAAUUGAUAUACUGACAUAUGGAAUUGGGAAUAGUUUUCAGUGCAUAUUACUCUGUUAAUUGAAACUGAAAUAUUUGGUCAAAGCUAUGAAUUAGAAUUAAUCGUAAAGUAUAUUCUAUAUUAAACAUAUUCAAAGUACGAUCUAUGUCUCCCUUAAAGGCUAGUGAAUUGCACAAAAGAAAUUCAAAGUUGUAUAACAGUUUACUCAUGGAAUGGAACACAAAUUUCACUUUUCUCCGAUAGACUUCCUUGAUCAAUAUUCGAUAGACGUCCAUGUUAUAGUCUGUGAUAUUUUGUCUCAUUUGAUUCUGUCUGUUUUAGAUUAGAAUUUUAAGAAGGUAUAUUCUAUUCAUUUUUCGCCAAGGAGCUUUAGAUUUUAAAGGAAUAUGAAAUAUGCGGACGUUGCUGUACAAGAAUAUGUGAGAAAAAUAUUAGUUCAAUAUUUUAAAGCUAUUAAUUCGGACAGCGUGAAAAGGGGAUGUUGUUGGAAGGUAAAGAAAAAAGGUGUGUGAUAACCAUGAAUGUGAUUUCCACAUACAACUAAAGCACAAUCAUAAAUGGUUUAUAUAUUCAAAGCUGUUAUUCCACGUCUUGUACAGUAGUUCAAAGUUCUGUGAUAUUUUGGAUAUAUUUAUAUUUUCAUUAAUUAUAUUUAUUGAAUA